GAAGAAGAGGUGGGUCUGUUAUUGAACUCAAUCUCUCAACAUUCAAAUCUUGUUGAUCUCUGUGAGAAAUCUUAUUCUCUCACAGCAAACAUAAUAACCCGGAUGGCUUUUGGGAAGAACUUCAGAGGGGGUGAGCUAGAUAAUCACAAUUUUCACCAUGUUGUUCGAAGAGCCAUAGUAUCACUCGGAUAUUUCUCCGCGACUGACUACUUUCCCAGAGUUGGUUGGAUUGUUGAUUGGCUUACUGGCGUUCAUGGAAGGUUGGAAAAGAGCUUUUUUGAGUUGGAUGCCUUUUUCCAACAUGUAAUUGAUGGCCGCAUCAACUUCCAGGCCACUUCUCAGCAAGAAGACAACAUCAUCGAUGUUUUGUUGAAAUCAGAAAAAGAUGGAUUGCAACUCAGUAGAGAUUGCAUCAAGGCACUUACAAUGAAUAUAUUUCUAGGUGGAGUUGACACAGGAGCAGGGGUCAUUGUUUGGGCAAUGGCAGAGCUGAUUAGGAAUCCAAGG